GGAAGUUUCUACCCUCUAUCACAAACCCACAAAAUUUCUACUCCAAUAUGUCCCACACCUUUCAUCUUUUGUCCCUACACCUAAGUAUUUGCACACUUGUACGUACAUAUAUGGUUUGCAUAUAUAUAUUCAAUACACUUGAAACUUUUAAAAGUAAAAAGAGACACGAAAUCAAGUAGAAUUCAAUUAAUUCAAUGGAAGAUAUCUUUCCACCUGGUUUUCGUUUCUUCCCAACUGAAGAAGAGCUUGUUAGCUUUUAUCUAAAUAAUAAACUACAAGGAGUAACAAAUGCUAUAGAUAGGGUUAUUCCAGUCAUUGAUAUCAAUGGUGUAGAACCAUGGAAUCUCCCAACUCUUGCGGGAGAGCUUUGCCGCGAAGAUAAAGAGCAAUGGUUUUUCUUUUCACCAGGUCAAGAGAGAGAAGCAAGGGGAGGGAGACCUAAUAGAACUACUGCUUGUGGAUACUGGAAGGCAACAGGUUCUCCUGGUUAUGUUUAUUCUUCAGAUAACAAAGUUAUUGGGGUGAAGAAAACCAUGGUUUUCUAUAAAGGAAAAGCUCCAAGUGGAAGGAAAACAAAAUGGAAGAUGAAUGAAUACAGAGCCAUUCAAGUCUCUAACCAAUCCAACACUGCCACACCUCAGUUGAGGAGAGAAUUCAGUUUGUGUCGAAUAUAUGUAAUAUCAGGAAGCUUUCGAGCUUUUGAUAGACGUCCAUUAGAGAGAGAAAGAGUUGAUCAAUUACCGGUUAAUGAGAUUGAUCAAAAUCCAUUUGGUGCCACAUCUACUCAUCAAAAUGCAACAAGUUCAUUUGAAAUUUCUCAAUUAGGGGGACUCCAAAGUACUCAUAUGCCACCAGAGGUUGUAGGAGGUUCAAAUAGCACUAAUUGGCAUGUAAAUAGUAACAAUGAAAAUAAUGGUGAUGAGGUUCAAUUCCAAGAAUCACUAUGGGAAUGGGACAGUGAACAUUUUAAUUGGUCCUAAUUAACUCCAGCUCAUGGUGGGAUACUCAAGCAAGACCCGUCAAGUAUAAACACGACUUGUUAGAAUACGACUUCAAGUCUUCUUCAACAAUAUCUGACAAAAGCUUAUAGUGAAAUUUUGUAACAUAAUCAUCAUAUUUGUUUAGAAUAGGAAUAGUAUGAUUCAUUUUACCCAUGAAAAUAAGGAUCUUUGUAACUAUGUCAUUAUUCCUCACAAUAAAUUUGAACAUCAAUUCAUUUA